AUGAAUGAAGAAAAGCUGAGUAGUGAUAAAGUACCGCAGAAGUUCGCAGAAUGGUUGCUAACUAUGGGUUGCCCGCCGGACAAAGUGCCUACUGUUGACAAACUUUCUGAAAUGUGCCGUGGCCAGUAUUACAUGGUGUGGCGCAGUUUGAUGGAGCAUGUGGAGCCUAAGGAGGUCACUAGACAGAAGAGGUUGCAAGUCUUCAAUGACGAUGUUCAGAGAUGUCGGAAAACUAAUGCUUUUUCUAAGCCUGACUCUAGCACAAUAGUGCCAGAAGAAUUGACUCUAUGGAAACAACAGACGACAUUGAGGGAGAGAGUGCAAGAUGCAGAGACCAGGGUGCAACAAGCCAGGCAGGAGCUCAACCAGCUCGUUGAUAAGGUGUCCAGUAGAUUGUCGCACCGCAACCUGUCCCGUACCCGCGUGCAGGCCGCGCAGCGCCGCGCCUGGCUGCUGCAGCAGUUGGCCGAGGAGCUGCGCGCCAAGAGAGACAGCUUGAAUGAAGCUCGGACCAUUGCUGACUCGCUGUGUACCUUCGAAGAGUGUUCGGAUAUUGAGAACAAGUUAGACAAGUUGACGAGCCGUCGUCAGACCCCACGUCCCCCGGCUCUGUCUGUCAGUAUCGCACCGCUUGCUAGCUCCUCUAUAACGUCUAAUGGCGGAGAUAUGAAUGACUCUGAGGAUCAGAUCUCGUCCGUGGCGCGGUGUGGCGGCGCGCUGUGGCCCCAGCUGUGCUCGCGCCGCGCCGCGCUCACUGCCGCCCUCGCCGCCACCGCAGACCAACGUACUACUGGCGGGAACAGGAUAACUCCUCAAUGGGUGCUGUCCCACACGGCGUCCCUGCACUGCUCCCUAGCGCUCAACUCCGUGAAGAACAAAGUACACACCAAGAGGACGCAGAAGAAACUAGCCGACUCACUCACACAGAUUAAUGACUACCUGUCAGGCGAGGCGUGUGAGCUGCUAGUGGUGCGCUGCGAGCGUGCGCGCGCGCAGGCCCGGGUGGACGCCCUGCGCGCGCUGCAUGAGGACGUGACGUCACGCGCCGGGCUGUUCCACGCCGCCGGGGGCGCGCCCGACACACAGGCCGCCAGGCAUAUACUGGCUAUUGAUAAAGCUAUUGAAUCGAAACGCGAUGAAUUAAAACGUCUGAUUACGUCACUAGCAGUAACAGAGCGCAAAAUAAAUAAUGUGAGGGAAUGUCUGACUUCUGUGUUCAAUAGCUUCCACUCUGACACAUACCAGGGCGACAGGUUUGGAGGUCAGUUAUCCCUACCUCAAGAGUCGAUAUCAACAUUACGACGUUUUUACGAAGAGAGGAGAGACAGAAAUAGGAAUAAAGUCAAUUUAAGCAUGGAUCUUGAUACUUCGGAGAACUGCUCAUAUGAUGCCGCAGAAAAUACAAACCCGACUUUCACUGAUGAGCUGAAGGUGUACUUGAAGAAGUUCAAGCUUGAAAAUAAUAGAAAAUUGGUGCUGGACAACGGCGAAAAAGUAUGGAUAUUUGAGACGCUCCAGUCAUCACUAGACCGCCUACAUUCAAGUUGGCAACGUGAUGACGUCACGUGUUCGCUCAUCUGCCCCUCAGUCAGUCUGUCACGCAAUCUACAGAGGAUCAUACUGACAGUGCAGAAGAAGAAUGAAAUGGAGGCGUUGGUGAAAGUUCUCGAUAAUUCUUUGAGACGGGAUGUUUCUAUUGAUAUCUCAUCAGAAACGGAAGAAGAGACCAACACAAUAGAUAGAAUUAAAAAACGUCUCAACGACAACCUGGUAGCGCUGCAGAAGACGGUCAAGACCCUGGACCUAGGACAGGAGAACCUUCAGCUCUGGUCAGAGAACUCCAUGAAGAAAUACAUCUCCGCAAACAGAACCAUUGAUGGGAAGACCUAUAAAGAAUAUGAAGCUAAUUAUUUAGAGUGCUUGAGUGUUAAUAUGUAG